UCCGACACCAAAAGGAUGAAUGUAGGCCAAGGUACACCUAUCAAGCAGAGAGAAUGUGAUAGAGAUAUUUGUUUAGUGUGUGGAAAAUUUGCAAAGGAGGCCCGUAGAGUAGAAACCAUCCGAAAGUUAAAAGGGAAAGAUUAUUGUUUAAAAGAUUUAUUGAAGAAAUAUGGUGGAAUUAAUGUUGAAAGUGGGACAGUAUGUAGAAAAUGCAGUAAAAAAGUUGACACUCUUCACAAAAAGAAUACUGAUUUCUACAAUGAAUGCCAAAAAAAUGCUGGAAUGUCGAAACGAAUGGCUUCGUCACCACAUAUUAAUCCACCAAAAAGAAUAAAUAUGUCAACACCCAAACCAUCUACUCAAUAUGCAACAGUUUUCAGUGAAAGUGAAGAUGAAGAUGACAUUUCAUUCAUUGGUUUACAUUUAUCAGAUGAAGCACCCAUAGAUCAUGAUUACAUUGUAUCAAAGCCUACUCCUGUUGUGAAAAAAUUUAAUGAGGAUUUGAAAUCUUUUAAAUGGAAUGAAAUUAUUAGCGAGUUCAUGGUAAAGUUUCCAACAGUUUUCAGUUUAAUAUUAACCAUGUUCUUAACACCAGAGGACAUGGAGAAUAAAGAGAAAAUAGAAGCUAUUAUUCCAAGAAUAGGAAUGGUUUACAGCAUGCUAAUGCAGGGAAGAAACAAAGAGCUCAGCAGAAUUCAACGUGUUACAUCACUGUUUUUGUUUGACAACAUAUGUGAUCAAAAGGUGUUUGACAGGCUUCAGACAGUGGGAGUAUGCCUAAGCUAUGAAAGAAGCUUACAAAUUGUAGAGUUGAUUGGAGGCCAUUUUAAUGAUAAGGUUGUGAAGCUGGUAAAGAACAACAUUCGUUUCAGGAUAAUUGGUGACAACAUCAAUUGGACUGUUGGUGUUCAUGACCAAAGAAUAAACAACAAACAGAAAAUGAUGCAUGCCUUUGGUUCAGCAGUAAUAGUUCAAAACCUGACCUUUACCAAUCUAGACAGAGUUGUACCACAACAGCUAUAUAGUCACACACCGGUUCAAAACUUCAUACCAUCAGAGGAAGACUACAACCAUAUAACAACUGACUAUAUCAUCCUAAUGUCAAGGGUUGUUCUUGAACACAUUCCCUACUUCAAAAGAUUUUCAGAUAUUAUUCCAAUUAACAUCAGUACACCAUGCAGUCCUAACUUGAAAAAAAAGUCAGAUGUUAUACCGUUACCUGUUCUGUUCAAAAAUGAGCAAUAUUAUCAAGAUGUUGUAGGGAUACUUGACUUCUAUGAGAAAUGUUUGAAAGAUGCUCAUGAUAAAGCAGGAAAACAACUCGGUGAUCAAACAUUUCAGAUAGGAGGUGACCAGCUUACAAGAGAGAGAUUCUCAGGAGCAAAGUCACUCAGAGCACACCAUCUUAACCCUGCUGACAAAUUCAGCCACUUGAGUCCAAUAACAUUUGAACUCUUCCAUAUGUUGAUGUCUUACCUCAAAAUGUCAUUGAACAUCACAUACAGACAAGAAAGUGGUCAAGAUAUUGGAACAUUAAAAUCUCUCCAAGAUAGACUUUCCAGAAAAAAUAUUGGUGACAAUGUUAAUGAUCACUAUGAAGCAAACAAAGACUUUUUCAUUUCUGUUACUGACAUGUAUAUUGUGGAGUGUUUCUUGGAGUUUUUUGGUAUGGAAGAUAAAUAUUCAAUGCCAACUAAACAUGUGCCACCAACCUUUAACACAAAUGAAGAAAUGAAGGAAUGGUAUUUCAGUACUGUGGAGAUAAUAGUCAAACAACAUGUUUUCCUCCAAACUAUAACCACUGGGGCAAAACAACAGAUGCUGGUAGUUGAUGGUCAGUGUUUCCGAUUAGUUUUGGAAAAUGGGAAAACCAUCACACUCAUGAAGAAGACAAUAUCAAAGUCAAAGAAAGGUGAUAAAAUUAGUAAUUAUGGAAAUCAAAUACUCCAGCUAGGAUUGCUGUUUAAAGACUUGAUAGAUAUGAUACAUAUGCCAGAAAGAGUAAGAGGGAUACGCUUGUUAAAACUUGCUAUGAUGUAUUUCAAAGUCCAUAACAAUCUAUCUAAGUACGCCUUAGAAAUACUCAGACUUCUGGUACAUCAACUAUGUACUUUGUCUGAGAAAGGCUCCAAUGAGGAAUUCUACUCCAUGUUUGUAAAUACAGGAGGCAAAUUUGACACGCAUAUUCCUGCUGACCGAAGGAUGGAAUACCUUGUCAAAGAAGUAAAAGAACAUGUUAAACAUAUGUACUCCAACAAAACUGAAGAGAACAUUUCAAACCGUACCAGGGCAAUAUCUGGAAUUCACGAAAUUUCAGAAAAUUUUGACAAACAGUCAGGGGUAAUUAUACGUUCCAAAAAACAUUCCGACAAAUCGUCUAAGGCAGAUGAACUGGCAAUUCUGUCAGAUUUACGAGAUAUAAGACCUUUUCAUUGUCAACCUGGUAGGAAACAUUCAUCUUUUGGAGAAAUUUCAUCAUCUGUUGUUCAAAACCUUGAUGUCGACCAUUAUCACAAUUGGAUCAAUACCAGAAAAGUUAAAUUUGCUUUGGAAAAUGGGAACUAAACAUUGACAUAAUAUAAUGACUAUCAAGUCUGUACUUUGUGUCUUUUUUGUUGUGAGGGAUGUAUAAAUUCCUUUGCCAGGUCCAGUUUGUUUUUUGUUACUUGUUUUUUUUUUGUAUUGAUCUGAUGAGUGAAGAUAUUUCAUCUGAUUUUUGUAGAUUGUUGUUAUGUUGUAUUUGAUAAUUACACCAUUUUAUGCCUGUCCCAUGUCCUGAGCCUGAUGUCGUUGGUUGAUGUCUCUCAUAUUUGUUUUUUUUAAUUGUUUUGAUAUAAAUAUAUAAGGCAGUUAGUUUUCUCAAUUUAAUUUUUUCCAUUUUUAAGUGGGACCUUUUAUAGCGGACUAUAAGGUAUGGGUUUAUCUCAUUGUUGAAGGCUAUAUAUAUGGUUGCAUUGCCUAUAAUUGCUUACAUCUACUUCUUUUGAACUUUGGUGGAGAGUUGUCUCAUUGGCAAUCUUACCAAUUCUCCAUAUUUUUAUGAUAGGUAUUCUUAAUUAAAAACUGCUAUAGCUUUUGUCCAAUCCAUCAUUAUUUUUUCAAAUAUAUUCCACCUUUGGUUUGUGGUGAUAUUUGAUAUAUAACAGUCCACAGUAGAGGUUUUUUUUAAAAGCUGGUUUCUGGUACAUGUAAAAUCAAUGGAAUUAACAUACAAUAUGCAACUUCUUAUAAUCUAUAAAUAUUUUCAACUUUUUAAUUAGUUACAUGAAAUAUUUUUACAUACUAUAAAAGAAAAUGCAUGAUCAGUUACUCUGUUUCCUUUAUUUUUCAAAUUUACAAUUAGCAUAUGCAAUGUACAGAAUAUUGGUUCUUUUCAUUGCUGUUUCAUAGACCAGGAACUGGUUAUUCCAUUUUUGGCAAUAUACUCUUAUUUGGAAUUAAAAUAUUUACUUUCCUGCAUAAUUGGAGUUAUCUCCCAUUGUUUUAACAACUAUUUGUGAACAAAGUAAGAGGUACA